GGAAGAUAAUUAGGACGGACUGGAGAGUGGUGUUUGGCUCUGAGGUUCGGGUUGCAAGCAAGGGAGAGGGUUGCCCAAGGAUUGACCUGACGCCUUCAUUUUCAGCAGACUUCUCUGAAGUAUGCGUAUACAUUCAGCAGUUCUGGAAUCUACAAGAAUAUGAGCAAAGAUUCUCAGAUGAGGGCCGCAAUCAACCAGAAGUUAAUUGAGAUGGGGGAGAGGGAGAGGUUGAAGGAACUUCUUCGAGCCAAACUAAUAGAGUGUGGUUGGCGGGACCAACUUAAAGCCCAUUGUAAAGAGGUAAUCAAAGAGAAGGGCCUUGAGAAUGUGACUGUGGAAGACUUGGUUGCUGGAAUAACCCCCAAAGGAAGAGCCUUGGUGCCAGACAGUGUGAAGAAGGAGCUUCUGCAGAGAAUAAGGGCUUUCCUGGCCCAGCAUGCUACAUAAUAGACCACCACCAACAACCAACCAUCAUGCAGCUGUCACAUAGACCAGAUAAGGCGGACUCACUAUAAUCAGUGUACUUAUAGUUUUGUUUUUGUACAAUUGUUUUCAUAUGCAGGUUUUUUGUUUUUGUUUUAGCCAUGUAAUAAACAGGUUUCUUUUUUA